AUGGAAAUCUUUUGCCGAAAUGUUCCCCAGGAUCUAUCGGAAGAAAGUUUCAAGCAAGAACUUCUCCCUUUUAUGAAUGUUCUGAAGAUUACAGACUUCUGGUGCGACAAACCUAGGGACAAAAGUCUAGCAUGGAUCAGGUUUCUUAAUGUAGAGGACGGGUCUGCAUUCCUUCAGAGGCACGGGAAGCAUCGACGCCCUAACGAACACGGCAAAGAGAAUAUGAAUCCAAGCUUUCCGCUUAGACCUAACCCAAGACCGAGAGAUACUCCACGACUUUUCAUUCUUAGGACUCCUGUGUUCGCCGAGCAAAGCCAGAAGCCCGUGGACAAGCAUGCCAUUGCGCAUCUCGAAUAUGAACGAGAAAAGAAGCAAAAAGAGACUGCUUCUGCGACCAAGAAGGAUCACCAUGUGCCGGCUAGAGCUUUCGAUAUCGCGGACGUCAGGUGUGGUGGUAAUACCUUUUGGGGUGAACAUGAUAUUCUCACGUUUGUUGACCACAACAAAUUGAUCAUUCCGAGAGGUGUCACCGGAAAGUUCACGCCUCAGUGGCUAACGGUUCAGGUUGCGUACGGAAACCGCAUGGAUUUCCACAACGAGACUAUUCAGGAUCUUAUCGCUAGUCGUGGUGAUUUGUCCCUUACAUUGGUCUUAACGGAGCCACCGAAAAUGUACAUACGUCGCCUGUCUUCGGACGGACCUGGAUGGAGUCGAGUUCAAGGCUUGUCCACUUGGGGCUUGCCUCGCGAAUACUCUUCAUCUUGUCUUGUUUACCGCAUUUAUCUCUACGACAUCACCUCGUUUAACGAGGUCUUGGGAUCGCUGAAGAACAAGGAUGCCCUUGCUAUCACUAAUCAUGCUUUGCCGUCCGUGGACUGGAACACCAUACCACCAGAGAACAACCACUUCCUCGGAAGACAAAUGUUUACAGAGAAGGCUAAGAGGCUUUUCGCUUCCGGAGUACAUUUCGCUCUCUUAUUCCAGGUUCAAGCUCUUGUCUGGAAUAACUAUAUCAACCCUGCCAGUGGCAUAAAGCUUCUCGAUGUCUUGGAGGUAGUCAUACAGGAUGCCAAAGAGAAACAGGUGGCACCUGCUGUAACAACAGAUGCGAUGAAAAAGCUCUUUCAGUCACUCCCUUACCCUUGUCCUGGUACGGAGCCCAGAGAGUUGGACGUGGUCAGUAUCAUGACUGAGAUCAUGGACGCCGAAUACGAAGCUCGAAAAGAGAAUCCAGAGAGAGACCGCGUAUACGGGAGCAAAUUGUCAGCACAGCAAAUUUGGAUUUUCAAAGCUCUUGUCACACCUACACGCGUAAUUCUCGUGGGACCAGACGCCGAUAGUAAAAACAGAGUGCUGCGCAAGUAUUCUGCCAAGAAUGACUAUUUCCUUCGUGUCGUAUUUUGCGACGAAGAUGGCCAGAACCUGAAUUUUCAUCCCAAGAUUGACAAAGAGCCGGUCUACUCCCGAUUCCGACGUAUCAUGGAUGAAGGUAUCCAAAUUGUGGGCCGGAAGUAUCAUUUUCUCGGAUUUUCGCAUUCGUCCCUUCGUGCUCAUUCAGUUUGGUUCUCAGCACCGUUCGUCGAUGAGGACUUGAAAAUACAGACCCCAGAAGCCAUCCUGAAGGCUCUUGGGGACUUUGAAGACAUUCGAGUCCCGGCAAAAUGUGCAGCACGCAUUGGACAAGCCUUCUCAGAAAUUCCAUACGCAGUGCCUAUCUUUGAAACUGAUAUCGCCUACCGGUUCAUCCACGAUGUGAAGUCUGCAGAUGGAUCCCGUGUUUUCAGUGACGGAGUUGGAACGAUCUCUCAAGAGGCGCUGGAGGAAAUCUGGCCAUAUAUGUCUAUGAAGGCUGCAGCACCUACAUGUCUCCAGAUUCGAUGGGGCGGUUGCAAGGGGAUGCUGUCGUUGGACCCCAGACUUAAGGGCAGGGUGUUCUGCAUUCGAAGGGAAUCUAUGAUGAAGUUUCCGAGCCGAGACAUUGCGGAACUCGGUAUCUGCGAUUCUGCAUCUAAGCCACUGCGACUCGUCCUUAAUCGCCCAAUGAUCAAAAUUCUAGAAGACAUGGGCACGAAAGAUGAAUGGUUCUUCAAGCUCCAGAACAACGCACUUAACAUCUUGCGGAACGUCACGGCUGAUGCUACCAACACGAGCGCCUUCUUGGAUCACCAUGCCAUCGGUGUCAAUAUGGGUCUUCCCAAGUUGAUCAUGCAAUUAGAUACAAUGGGCAUCGACUAUCGCCGUGACAAGUUUCUCAAAGCAGCUGUUGAGCAUGUUGUUCUCCGAGAACUGCGGUUGCUAAAGCAUAAGGCUCGUAUUCCUGUUGAUCAUGGAGUGACGCUUUUCGGGAUCAUGGAUGAGACGGGGUUCCUCAACGAGGGAGAGAUCUAUGUUACGUACGACAAGAGCUAUGGCAGAAGAACUGGCCGGGGCGUCAAGUCUACUCUGAGAGAUGGCGAGGUUAUAAUCACUCGAUCACCGGCGCUCCAUCCUGGUGAUAUACAGGUUGUCAAACAAGUGACACCGCCGCAGGGUCAUCCCUUGCGAAGUCUUCAGAACUGUGUCAUCUUCAGUCAGAAAGGAAAUCGUGACCUGCCAAGCAUGCUGAGUGGAGGAGACCUGGAUGGAGAUCUGUACAACGUCAUAUGGGAUUCUGAAGCAAAGCCUAACGGAACUUUCCCACCAGCAGAUUAUCCCAGAGCUACCCCCCAACCUCUGGAUCGUCCGGUAAACGCUCAAGAUAUUGCCGACUUUUUUAUUAACUUCAUGAAGACUGAUAUUCUGGGUGUAAUUGCAACCCGGCAUGUCAUACUGGCUGACCAUUACGAUGAGGGAACUCCUCACCUAGACUGCAUAACAUUGGCAGGACUACAUUCUACCGCGGUCGACUUUUCCAAAACGGGAAUUCCGGCCAAUUUCGAAGCUUUGCCAAAAAACACACGUUUUCGACCCGAUUUCCUCGCAGCAGCACCGCCUCUGGAGUUGUACGACAAGGGGCAGGUGGCGCACAUUAGAGAAGUCAACAAGAUCGAUAACGAUGAUGAUCCCAUGGCCCACGCCAAAUACAAGUACUAUCUAUCCGAGAAGAUCCUUGGUCGUCUAUACCGACAAGUUGACGAAAAGAAGAUCUGGGACGAGGAUAUUCAUCGCCAUAUCAACACUGUUGGACCGUCGGUAUGGGAUCAGCUAUUGACAAUUGUUCAAAAUGAGGUUGACAAGUAUAAACUCGAUAUUGACUGGACUCGCAAAUCGGAAGAGGCUUGGAAGAUCCGCGGCUUGUAUGAUUCGUCAAUUUUGGCCAAAAUGUGGCAGUUCUCUGAGAAUCCUCGUUCACCACUGACAGAGGUUGAAGUAUUUUGCGGUUUCAUCCUGAACAAGAGAGGCGCCCAAACCCGUCGCCAAAACGACUCGUCCAUCAAGCUCAAAGAAGAGAUCGACCGUAUCAUGACGUGGAUUGUUAAACAAAUCCGCGACCGAGGCGUGGGCGAUAAGGCAGAGACCCUGAGCACCGCCACUGAAGCGGAUGCAGCUACUUCUCGAUGGAGGGAAGACGUUGUCGAAUUAUGUUGGGCAUGUGUGGCUGUCGCCUGUAUCAAACGGGAAAAUGCACCAUUUCUGCACCGUGGAACAGAAGACCUGGAGAGCUUUCGAGUCGUGGCAGCAUGUUGUCUGAUUAAGGAGCUCAACAACCUAGCCCGGAAAAUGGAGUUCGAAGCCGGGGGAGGCUUUGUAGGCGUUGGGCGUGGUGGAGGUCGAGGCAGGGGUGGACGAGGCGGCAAGAGUAUGACGCUUCCGAUACGAUGA